AUGGAUAGCUCUAAGGUUCCGGACCAGGCCAACAACUUCUCCAAGCGUAGAAGAAGCUCUGGCCCCGCCUUCGAUGGCCUCAUGAACCAGAAGCGGUCGUCCGACCCUAUGUCUCAGGCCAGACGUCAGAGCCUCCAGGAACAGAAGCCAGCGGCUGGAAUUUUUGGGCAGAUGUGGCAUAAUUUCACCCGCGGUCCCUCGAGCCCAAGCAAAUAA